UAACUAAGAGCUGCGAUUGAUUAUUGGUAAAGCGCGGUGACUAUGUUUAAGCCACUAUCAAGAACCGUGCGACACAGAAAGAGUAUACGGUGAAAUGCCGCCAUCUUGUGGCAUGCGAUGGGGCGAACAGUGCGGUCCGGAGAUGUUUAGGGAUAGAGAGUGAGGAUGAGAUCAUGAUAACAAUCCACAUCAAUGCUAAUUUGCAUCUGGUGGUUAAAGAGCGAGUGGGAAUGCUUUACUGGAUGAUGGAUCCUGAAGUCAUUUACUUUGCGAACUCCCACACCAUGUUAAAUCCUAGUCAUUCUAAAUCAGCCUUCCUUUUCUUUCCUUGCAGGGGUAAGAUACAGUACACAUCCUCUAAAUACCAUUUCAAUUCUGUCAGACUCUCUAGGGUCUCCGAACAGGCUGGAUACCAGUAAUAAUAUUAGUUGGAUAGUACCUCUGAG